UGGAGUGGCGGGGGCGGCGGCUGCUGGCGUCCGAGCGAAGCCUCGGGCGGGCGUGGGCGUCAUGAGCGGCCGGCAGAGAACGCUCUUCCAGACGUGGGGCUCGAGCGUGUCCCGAGCCGCCGGGGCUCCGGGUUGCGGGUCCGGAGCGGGGCGGCCCCGGAGCCCCGGCGUCGGCGGGGCGCGCUCUCCUGCAGCGGCGGGGGCCGCCGAGGCUGAGCCCGAGGUGGACGACGACGUGUUGCUGGUCGCCGUGUACGAGGCCGAGCGGCAGCUGGGGCUGGAGAGUGGCGGGUUCUGCGCGUCGGCGGGCGCCCUGUGGAUCUACCCCACGAACUGCCCGGUGCGGGACUACCAGCUGCGCAUCGCCCGCGCCGCGCUGUUCUGCAACACGCUCGUGUGCCUGCCCACCGGCCUGGGGAAGACCUUCAUCGCCGCCGUGGUCAUGUACAACUUCUACCGCUGGUUCCCCUCCGGCAAGGUGGUCUUCAUGGCCCCCACCAAGCCCUUGGUGACACAGCAGAUCGAGGCUUGCUACCGGGUGAUGGGUAUCCCGCAGCCCGACAUGGCCGAGAUGACAGGAUGUAUUCAAGCCUUCACCAGGAAGGAAAUAUGGCGCAGUAAGAGAGUCCUUUUCCUUACACCUCAAGUCAUGGUAAAUGAUCUUUCCCGAGGAUCUUGUCCUGCUGCUGAAAUAAAGUGUCUAGUUAUUGAUGAAGCUCAUAAAGCUCUUGGAAACUAUGCUUAUUGCCAGGUUGUAAGAGAACUAGUCAAAUAUACAAAUCACUUUAGAAUCUUGGCUCUUAGUGCCACACCAGGUAGUGAUAUAAAGGCCGUGCAACAGGUUAUUACCAACCUACUAAUUGGGCAGAUAGAGCUUCGUUCUGAAGAUUCUCCAGAUAUCCUGCCAUACUCUCACGAGAGACGAGUUGAAAAACUUGUCGUUCCCCUCGGUGAAGAACUUGCUGCCAUCCAAAAGGCAUAUAUACAGAUUUUGGAAACAUUUGCUAGUUCUUUGAUUCAGAGGAAUGUUUUGAAGAGACGGGAUAUCCCCAGUCUAACAAAAUACCAGAUAAUUCUGGCAAGAGAUCAAUUUAGGAAAAACCCAUCUCCAAAUAUUGUGGGAAUACAAGGCAUAAUCGAGGGAGAGUUUGCUAUUUGUAUUAGCUUGUAUCAUGGUUACGAAUUAUUGCAGCAAAUGGGAAUGAGAUCCUUAUAUUUCUUCCUUUGUGGAAUUAUGGAUGGAACUAAAGGAAUGACUCGGGCAAAAAAUGAACUUAGCCGAAACGAGGACUUCAUGGCACUCUAUAACCAUCUCGAGGGCAUGUUUGCACAGACACAGGGUGCUUCAGCAGGGGGCACCUCUGCUACCCAGAAAGGAGAUAAAGAUAAAACAUUUUUCUACAGUCAUCCAAAGUUAAAGAAAUUAGAAGAAGUUGUAGUUGACCACUUCAAGUCGUGGAAUGCUCAGAACGCCUCUGAAAAGAAAUGUGACAAGACCAGAGUUAUGAUCUUCUCUUCAUUUCGAGACAGUGUUCAGGAAAUUGCAGAAAUGCUUUUACAGCAUCAGCCAAUGAUUAGAGUGAUGACUUUUGUUGGCCACGCCUCAGGGAAAAGCAUGAAGGGUUUUACCCAGAAGGAGCAACUGGAGGUAGUGAAACGGUUUCGUAGUGGUGGUUACAAUACAUUGGUUUCUACUUGUGUUGGUGAAGAAGGUUUGGAUAUAGGAGAAGUUGAUCUUAUAAUAUGUUUUGAUGCCCAGAAGAGCCCAAUUCGUCUUAUACAGCGCAUGGGUAGGACCGGCCGCAGACGCCAAGGCAGGAUCGUUGUUAUCCUUGCUGAGGGACGGGAAGAACGGACUUAUAAUCAAAGUCAGUCCAACAAAAGAAGUAUUUAUAAAGCUAUUUCGAGUAACAGGCAGGUCCUUCAUUUUUAUCAAGGAAGUCCACGAAUGGUUCCUGAUGGAGUCAAUCCAGAAUUACAUAAAAUGUUCAUCACGCAGAGUGUCUAUCAACCGGAGAAGCGUUCUCGGAACUUGCCGCGAGAGGCAUCUGUCUUUUACUGUAGGAAUGGAAUGAAGCAAACUAAUUCAAAGAAAGAUUGGUUUUUAUCAGAAGAAGAAUUUAAAUUAUGGACCAGACUUUAUAGAUUAAAAGACAGUGAUGGAAUUAAGGAAGUAACAUUGCCUCGGGUUCGGUUUCUCUCUUUACAAAAUGAGAAAGACAGACCAACUCAAGAAACCACUGCUGGAAUUCGUCAGCUCUCUCUCUCUGAAUGGAGGCUGUGGCAGGAUCAUCCUCUUCCUACGCAUCGAGUUGGCCAUUCGGAUCGAUGCCACCAUUUCAUAAGCAUUAUGCAAAUGAUAGAAGGCAUGAGACACGAAGAGGGAGAAUGCAGCUAUGAAUUGGAAAUUAAAUCUUACUUACAAAUGGAAGACGUUAACUCAACAUUUAGUGUUCCCAGGAAUGAAUAUAAUAUUCCUGCCAAUGGCAUCUUUACUACUAACAAGAAAUCUUCAUUUACAAAGAAGAUAAAUCAGGGCAGUUCAUUCUCAAUGACUGAAUUUGAUGAAGAAUGUGCUGAAAUUUUUAAGCAAACUCAUAUCAAACCUACUAAAAUUGGUUCUCUAAAGAAAAAAGCUGAAAAACUGAAAAAAGAUCAGCCUAAAAAAGGAAAUGAUGAUGUUGUUUUGGAUUCUUUAGAAACCCAUGGCAAUUCCACUGUUGAAAAUACUUUUCAGGAAGCCCUACUAAGUGAUAAGAUAGUAUCAGAUGCAGAAGUUGCUGCCUCGUGUACUAUCAGUGAAAGUGUUGUUCAUCAGCCACGUGGAUUAUUAAUGGAGUGCCAGUUUACAAAUAAGUCUACUAGUUCAUUUGCUGGAGACUUUCUCGAUUCUGGUUAUAGCAGUGUCAGUGAUGAGAAAUCGGCUUCCUCUGGCUUGUUUCUUCCAUUUGAGGAGGAGCUUUCUGUAGCUGGAGCAGAUGACCAAUUUUAUAAUUGUCACUCAGUAACAAAAGAGGUGCUAGCUCAUGUAGAGAGAUUUUUAUCUCAUUCUCCUCCCCCUCUCAGUGGACUCUCAAAUUUGGAGUACGAAAUUGCUAAGGGUUCUGCACAUGAGAAUUUGCUUUUCCUGCCCUACACGGAGUAUUUACAAAAUGAUAAAUCCACCUGUUUGAUGUCACAUUCAGCUGUAACUUGUCAACAGAAUGUAGAAUCGAAUUCACUUAACCUUCUUAAUCAUCCUUCUGAAAAAAGUUGUCUUUAUGGUGCAGCUAAUGCUGAGAUUUCUGAUGAGCCAAGCUUCUGUGACUAUGAUAAUAAACUACAUAAAGAUAUUCAAAAUGAAAAUUUAGUAUCCAACAAUCAUAUUCAAAUAAACAUAGGCCCGCCGAAGUAUUUUGUUGAAGAGAAGAAUCGUAAUGUUGAUAACAAUGGCCUCCCAGUAUUGUCGACUGAUCAAGAUGAGAGUUUACUCUUGUUUGAAGAUGUCGAUACAGCGUCUAACGACGUGAGCCUUUCUCCGUCAAAGAGUAAACACAGGUCUAUGUGUGUGUCAGACAGAACUGCUCCGAGUGAAACGGUGCUGGUCUCUCAUUUCUUCAUUUCUGAUGCACUUUUGUUCGACAAUAAUUCUGAACCCCAAGAUCCAAUCCUCUGUGAUGCUAACAGUCGGAAAUCUCAUGAAGAUUUGAGAGGUAUAUGUGAGGAAAAACUGAAGAAUGAUGAGUGUGUUUUUGACUGCUCUAAGGAUUUAUUCUCCGUUACCUUUGAUUUAGGAUUUUGUAGUUCGGAUUCUGAUGAUGAAAUACUGGAACAUGCAUCAGAUACAAAUAAGAAUAGAUUUCUAGAGGAUCUCUCUGGAAGAUGUUCAGACAUUAAGGAGAGAAGUGAUGUAAAUCAUGUUUCAAAUCAAGCAGUAAUACCAAGAGAUCAUGUUGAUUGUGUUAUGAGUAGGACCAUCACUGUCACAUCAAGUGAAGAUAAGCAGAGUCCAAAUUUUGCACAUUUCCCACUGAGUGCAGCAAAGAAUAAAGAAUUUAUGUCUCCUGGUUAUUCUCAAUUUUCUUUGCCAGUGGGAGAAAAAGUUAUGAGUACACCACUUUCUAAAUUAAACACAUUGAACUCGUUUUCUAAGAGAAAGGAAAUGCAUAAGACGCCAGAUUCUAAUAAGGAAAAAGUAAAUCUACAAAGUUUUAAAGAAACGUUGAAUUCAACUUUUGAUGAUUCAAGACUUUCUAUAGAAAAGUCUAAAAGCAGGAGGCAAAUCAAUCUGCAUCAGUCCUGUCAUUCUGCUGGAGAUGAACAAUUACCAAGCAAUGAAAGUGAAGAUGAUGAGAUUUUCCAAAGAAAAAGUAGAAAAACAAAAGGAAAUGUUUUAGAAUCCCCUGAGGAUCAGAGGAGUAGUGAAGUCGAUUCACCACUUCAUGCUGUCAGAAAGCGCAGGGCUCCUCCAAACAGAUUAGAAUUAUCAUCAAGUGAUGAGAGUGAGAAUUUUCACAGACGACACCCACAGUCAGAUGACUUCAAGGCUCAUCCGAAGAGUGCCAAAGGGGCCAUUGGAGUUCUCAAGAGACAGGGUCACCUGAAGCUUGUAGCUAGAAAGUUUAUAGAUGAUGAAGCAGAACUUUCCCAAGAAGAUGCAGAAUGUGCUUCAUCAGAUGAAACCGAUGACUCAGAAAAUGAGCAAGACUCUUCCUUACUUAACUUCUUAAAUGAUGAGACUCAACUUUCACAGGCUAUAAAUGAUUCUGAAAUGAGAGCUAUUUACAUGGAAUCUUUGCGCAGCCCAUUGAUGAGAAAUCGGUACAAAAUGGUCCAUAAGAAACAUAACAAUGCAAACAUUUUCUCACAGAUCCCUGAGCAGGAUGAAAACUAUUUAGAAGACAGUUUUUGUGUUGAUGAAGAGGAGUCUGGCACAAGCCAGUCAAGUGAAGAAGAAGUGUGUGUUGAUUCUGACGUAGUAGCUGAAGAUUCCUUUGCAAGCGGGAGUAAGAAAUAUAAAACCCGACAUGCAGUAAAGCUAAAACAAAUGAACAUGACACAAAAUCUUGCACGUUCAAAAAAGAAAUUAUCCAGAAUUAUUUUACUAGAUGAUUCAAGUGAGGAGGAAAACACUGUAAAUGAUAAAGGAGACUCCAGUGAUAUGGUUGACCCAGGGACUGUUAACACGAGCGGGCAGCAGGUUCACUCAGGCGGGCAGCAGGUUCACAUGGGCAGACAGCAGGGUCACACGAGCGGACAGCAGGGUCACACUAGCGGACAGCAGGUUCUCACGGGCGGACAGCAGGUUCACACGGGCGGACAGCAGGUUCACACGGGCGGACAGCAGGUUCACAUCAGCAGACAGCAGGUUCACACGGGCGGACAGCAGGUUCACAUCAGCAGACAGCAGGUUCACAUCAGCAGACAGCAGGUUCACACAGGUGGGCAGCAGGUUCACACGGGCGGACAGCAGGUUCACACCUGUGGACAGCAAGUUCACACGAGCCGACAGCAGGGUCAUAUGAGCCGACAGCAGGACCCUCGUUUGAGUUUAGUGCCUUCUGGGUCUUCCUUGCCAUCCAAAGACCAUUCUCAUUCAGUUGUUGAUGAGUCAGCAAAGCAGAGACGGCACACACCGCUUAACUUAAAGGAUGCAGUCUCUGAGGUCUCGGACUUCAAACUUCAGAGCCGUGAUAGACUCGAAGCUGCCUCACCAUUGUCCACCGCUGUUGAUUCACAGACAGACUGUAGAAAACUCCCAGUUCAGUUGAAGGUCGGGAGUGUGCGGGAGGACUCUGGCUCUUCAAUGGCAUACUGUUCCAGCUCAAGACCACAUUUGGCUGGCACACAUGCUGCUCCCAGAUUUCCACCAGAAGGCCGAAGAACUUGUAUUCUUGUAGAUAGUCGUGAAAUCACUUCUGGUUCAGAAGUAAUUUCUUCCCUGCGAGCAGUUCAUGGCUUACAGGUAGAGGUCUGUCCUCUUCAUGGUUGUGGUUACAUCGUGAGUAACCGCAUGGUGGUGGAGAGGAGGCCUCAGUCGGAGAUGCUAAACAGUGUCGGGAAGAACAAGCUCAUUGACCAGAUCCAGUACCUACAGAGCAUGUUUGAAAGAAUAUGUGUGAUUGUGGAAAAGGACAGAGAAAAAACAGGAGACACAUCCAGGAUGUUUAGGAGAACAAAGAGCUAUGAUAACCUGCUCACUACCUUAAUUGGUGCUGGAAUCCGAAUUCUUUUCAGUUCCUGCCAAGAAGAAACUGCAGAUUUGCUAAAGGAACUGUCUUUAGUGGAACAAAGAAAGAAUGUUGGCAUUCAGGUCCCAGCAGUGGUGAACAGUAAUAAGUGUGGGGCGCUUCAGUUUUAUCUCAGUAUUCCCAACGUAAGCUAUGUCACUGCAUUAAAUAUGUGUCACCAGUUUUCAUCUGUGAAAAAGAUGACUAACAGCUCACCUCAGGAAAUCUCCACACACGCACAAGUGCCUCCUCAGAAGGCCGAGGAGAUCUGCAGAUACGUUCACCACGUAUUUGACAUGCAGAUGUUACCCAACGGCCUGAACCACGGUGGCCUGCAGCCCGACGCUUGAUCAGGCUGCUUGGGGCGCGGGCAGGACUCCCAGCGCGAGGUGCACAUCGGUAGUCAUCGCUGUGACGUGAUUAGCAGUGUACAUAUGUAAAUAAGAGAAUAUUUCCAUAUUAUUUUAUAUUGUAUACAUUUUUAUUUAUAUAAAUUAUUAAAAAAGAAACCCCUGAUCAAUUACUAUUUUGAUUAGAUUAUGAAACCUUUUUUUUAAAUUGGAUAAAGAAAAGUUUAUUGAAGGUGCUAUUAAGAAAGUAAAAGCUAGAGUUAGAGAUGUAUUUUGGAAUUUUUCCAAAGACUGUCAUUGUCAUUUGUGAGCAUAAUUUGAUGUGUCUGCUGCCAACUUAAUGGUCAUAAGCAAUUUUUCCUCUAUAUUAACUAUAGUAUCAUCUACAAUACUUUAGAGGUCCUAAGUACACACUAUUGGAUGAGGUGUGGUGGCAGGUGUGUUGUGAGAUACAUGCCCCAGUAACCAGGAAACUAGAAAAUUUAACUGAGUGUUUAUCUUACCAAAGUUGUCACACUCAAGUACAAUCAAAUCCUAUUGGUAUGAACUCCAGCCUACACUACUUUUUUCAUUGAAAUAUCAUCUUUAAAGAAGUGGUAUAUCGACCUGGACUUGGAGAAUUUCGUUUUACUACAGAGGAGCUAUUGAGUAUGGACUUUCAUUGUGACCCGUUACCUUCUGUCUGUAUUAUUUUAAGAUGGCUCCAUGUUUUCAUCUGCAAAACCUGAGGCCCUUCCUUGUAGUCAGUCUGGAGCUACAGCAGCUUUUAAUUCUGGACACUUGCCCCCAUUUUGAGUCCCUUAUCUCCUGCUGCCUUCAGUUUGUCUUCUGCUACAGUUGGGCAGUGGAACCAGCCUCACAGCAGAGAGCUGUCCUGGCCUGAGACUCGGCAGGGACUUAGAGCUCAUCUAACUCAAAUGACCUUUCUUAUCAGAUGACAAAAGUGAGGCCAAGAAACAAGUGGCUCAUUCAGGUUUAGACUGGAAAAUCUAGAAUGAGUACCCAGUACCUAGAAACAGUUCUUUUUCACUAAAAAGUUACUCUAAUUGUGAAUUUGGCUCCUUUGGGAUAGUAUAAAUUCUCGAUUCUUCUGAAAGCAACUGAGCGAGAGAGAAAAGUUCUGUAAGUUAUUGGCUGACGCGCAGUUAUCAGUUUAUUAUCUCUCAGGUUCAAACUCACCCUUCGGUAUCUUGUUCUAGAACAGACUGAACUUUCUGAGCAUUUUCCCUACAGUGAGCAUGACCUAAGCCUCGUCAGGAGAAGCAAAGGGGCUUCUCUUUCUGUCCCAGUGUGCUUUUUGCUGCUGCUUGUUCCUGCUUCAUUGUGUCAGAGGUGCAUGUGCGUGGGGACCUCUGGUGACCCUCUGCCCCAGCUGCACGCCAGGAGCCUGCAGUCCCUCAACAACCCACAGCGACCUGGGCCACUCACCACCUUGCAGCACCUCCCGUGCAGACACCAGCAUGCUCUGAUUCUGUGUGUCCACCAUCAGACAAAAUAUUUCACAAACCAGCGCUGUAUCAGGGACAUGAGCUAGAGGACUGCAUUCAUUUAUGCUUGCUGUGGGGAGCUGCAGCCACUCUGAAGCUGCCACAGCCGCCUCCGAGACGCUGUCUGGUAGUACUUGACCGUCAGCCCUACUGCCUGUCAGUCCAUCUUCCUGUCUUUGCGCCCUUCAAGUCUUUCUUUUCCAUGUGUCAGUCAGUCUCCUGGGAGGUUAGGUUAACCUUACUGGCUUAUCUUCUGACCUGAGGGGAAGAAGUAGGACUAACCAGGGACCUGCGAGGAGGUGGGAUACGACAGAACAGACGAGGGCAAUGCUGAGGGAGUUCUGAUAGGACACAGGGACUUGGCGGGUGGGCUCGCACUUUGGGUUUGUCAGAUCUAUGCUAGUUCCACGUCAGCUUUGUUUCCCACUGUGGAAUUGGACUACCUUCUAACUCCUAAAACACUAUCCCUACCUUCAGACAGCGUGGUAUUAUACCAAAUAUUGGCAACUUAAGUUGUACAGCAGUGUGUUUAGAGCCACUCCAAAAUACCCCUUUCAUUUGUUCCCGCCUACAGCUAAGUCUUCGUGGCAGGAAACGGCCACGGCAGCUUUGAGGAGGAGGACCUCAGUCUACCUGCACUAUUCUCUUUCUUUAAAUCUUGCAUUUCUAUAAACCUUAUAGUUAGUUAGAUAACUGCAGGUUAUUACUGACUAAAUUCUCGAGAAACAAGAAAAUGUAGUUUUUACUCAAAGUUCUGGCAUUUUUGGAGGAAACAAACUAAACCAGUAACAAAACACAUCUUGCUUUCUUUCUGUGAUGCAGUAAUUUAAACAAAUAAGCAAGCAGGAAGGGUGACAGGGUAAAGGGACACGUG